AGCAAACCUUAAAACAAAACCCUUUAACACUAUUUCCUUUUUAAUGCGAGUGUAAAAAAAAAAAGAAAAAAAAAGUGUGUUAAGGCUUUAACAUUCUAACAAAACCCUGAUUCUGUGUAGUUUGUUCGUCAGUUCAUUUUCAUCGAGAGUUAUAGGUUGACGGCAGCUGAGAUAAAGAAAUGUUGGACAUUAACCUAUUCAGAGAGGAAAAGGGUCACAACCCUGAACUCAUCCGCGAAUCCCAACGCCGUCGUUUUGCCAGCGUCGAAUUAGUCGAUGAAGUCAUCAAUUUCGACAAAGAAUGGCGAAAGCGUCAAUUCGAAUUGGAGACUCUCCGCAAAGAAUUCAACAAGAUCAAUAAGGAAGUCUCCAAACUCAAGCGUGCUGGUGAAGAUGCAACCAAGUUUAUUGCUGAAUCUGAAGAGACUAAAAAAUCUAUAGCGGAUAAAGAGGUCGAGGUUCGGGAAACUCUAAACCUCUUGAAUUCCAAAUUGGAAACCAUUGGAAACCUCGUCCACGAUUCCGUUCCAAUCAGCAAUGAUGAGGCCAACAAUGUUGUGGUUAGAACAUGGGGUGACAAAAGAGUAGAACCUAAACUCAAGAAUCAUGUGGAUCUUGUUGACCUUCUUGGGAUAGCAGAUUUGAAGAGAGGAGCUGAUGUAGCUGGAGGUAGAGGUUUCUAUCUCAAAGGAGAUGGUGUUCGUCUUAAUCAAGCUCUAAUCAACUUUGGGCUUGAGUUUUUGGAGAAAAGGGAAUAUACUUUAUUACAAACUCCUUUCUUCAUGAGAAAAGAUAUAAUGUCCAAGUGUGCUCAAUUAGCCCAAUUUGACGAAGAACUUUACAAGGUAACUGGCGAAGGAGAUGACAAAUAUCUGAUUGCAACAGCAGAGCAGCCACUUUGUGCAUAUCAUUUAGAUGAUUGGAUCCACCCCACACAGCUACCCAUAAGAUAUGCUGGAUAUUCAUCUUGCUUUCGUAAAGAAGCUGGAUCUCAUGGUCGAGAUACACUAGGAAUAUUCCGAGUUCACCAAUUUGAGAAAGUGGAGCAGUUUUGCAUUACUACCCCAAAUGACAAUGAUUCAUGGGACAUGCACGAGGAAAUGCUUAAGAACUCUGAGGAUUUCUACAAGGCGUUGAACAUUCCAUAUCAAAUUGUUUCCAUUGUAUCUGGUGCUUUAAAUGAUGCUGCAGCAAAGAAGUAUGAUCUAGAAGCAUGGUUUCCAGCUUCUCAAACUUACAGGGAGUUGGUGUCCUGUUCAAAUUGUACAGACUACCAGUCCAGAAAAUUAGAAAUUCGAUAUGGACAGAAGAAGAGCAAUGAGCAGCUGAAGCAAUAUGUUCAUUUGUUGAACUCUACUCUCACGGCUACUGAGAGGACCAUUUGCUGCAUACUAGAGAACAACCAGAAGGAGGAUGGGGUGGAGAUACCAGAAGUUCUCAGGCCAUUCAUGGGUGGAAAGUCUUUCCUGCCUUUCAAGAACCAACCUAAUAAUGAAGCCAAAGGGAAGAAAUCAAAGGCUUAAUUGCAUUAUUUUUAGUCUGAAUGAUAUUUAUGAAGAGCUAGUUCAGAAUUGUAGGUUAUGACCACUGUUAAUUAUCUUCAGGAACAUGCACAAUACUUGGCAUAUUCUGUAACUCAUCAAAUUAUAGACCUUGUGCUUUAUUUACUCUCUUGUGCUUUUAUUUAUUUUGAAAUAUUAAGACUCCGGAUUGGAUGUCCAGUUUUUCUUUGAAAGAUGUUAUUUUUGUUGCCUUCUCACUAAAGUUCGGUUACAUUGGAUGGAGGUUUUGUUUGGUUCAAUAAACAUAUUUUCUCCCUCAA